CUCUCUCUCUGUGUUCUCUACCUCCUGCUUCAGGUCUCUGUUCUCUCUGUGACUCUCCACAGCCAGUCAGUUGGACGCACAUCUCUCUUUCUCUCUCUCUGUAUCUCUAUGAGAAGAUGAACAGAUGACUGUCUCUUGAUAAAGAGGAGGAGAAGAAACAGUUGAUGGAUUUAAAGGAAAAUGCAAACGUUGUGUGUCUUCACCUGUCUGAGUGUCUGCGUCUUCACUACAGUGUGGCCGUUACAGAUGCAGUGUUAUCAGUGUGAGGAGACCCUGAUGAAUAAUGACUGCUCGGCUGCGACCUUCAUCGUAAACUGUACGGCAAACAUUCAGGACGCGUGUCAGAAGGAGGUGAUGGAGAACACACACGGUGUGUUUUACCGGAAGGCGUGUGCGUCCUACACCACCUGUUUGAUCACCUCAGCGGGGUAUCAGCGUUUCUGUUCUCCGGGUCGUGUGGGUUCAGUGUGCAUCAGCUGCUGUAACACGCCGCUGUGUAACGGGCCACGCCCUCCACACACACACUCCACAGGACACGCACACACCUACACACACAGUCAACACCUCCUCUCCAUCCUGACGCUGGUUGCCGUGGCCCUGCCCACCCUCACACACGGAUAGUGGGUGGAGCCAAAAUCCCAAACCGGACAGAACUUUAAAGGACAUAAUCGCAGCUGGAUUAAACAUUUACAUUUAUGAUGAAUAAAGUUACGCGCUGAAACAGUUCAGUGAUCACUGCAUUCUGUACUCUGGUAAUGAUGUCAAAAAAUAAAGUGAUUAAGUUUUAAGAUUAAAAAAAAGAAGAUAAGAUCAAAGUUUUA